AUGUUUCUAGGAUUCGAUCUUUCCACCCAACAACUCAAGGUCAUCGCCACCGAUGACAAAUUGAAGCCGCAGGACACGUUCAACGUCGAGUUUGACGAAGUUUACCGGAAAAAGUACGGCAUUAAACAUGGCGUCGUCACCAACGACGCCGACGGCACCGUGGUGCUGCCGGUGGCGAUGUGGAUCGAUGCAAUUGACUACUUGUUUGACGAAAUGAAGCAGAAAGGAUUCGACUUUUCCGCGGUCAAAGGUAUCUCCGGUAGUGGCCAGCAGCACGGCCUGAUCUACUGGUGCGACGAGAUCCCCGACGAUUUAAACCCUAAAGAAGCCCUCGCGCCCCAGCUUGAGAAAUAUCUUGCCUACGAGUACUCUCCCAACUGGCAAGACCACUCCACUGGCCAACAGAUUGACGACUUUGAGUCUACUUUUGGGGUGGAUAAGCUAGCUGAUACAACCGGGUCGCGUGGCCACUACCGGUUCACGGGGCUCCAGAUCCGCAAGUUGGCGAAGAAUAAGCCCGAAGUAUAUGAAAAAACCAAGCGGAUUCUGUUGGUGUCAAGUUUUGUUGCCUCAUUGAUGAUUGGGAAAAUCGCUCCGCUUGAGGAGGCGGAUGCUUGUGGUAUGAACAUUUAUGAUAUCCGUAAAGGUGAGUACAAUCAGGAACUUCUCGAAUUAGCUGCCGGCGUCCACCCUAAACUCGAUAAAGUUUCGGACGACGAAGCGAAAAAGGGGGCUAAGGAACUCGCUGAAAAGUUGGGUGAACCCAGUCCCGUGGGCUAUAAGCACAUUGGCACUGUCGCCUCCUACUGGGUGGACCGGUAUGGGUUUUCUCCCGAAUGUCGCGUCUACCUGUUCACUGGCGACAAUUUGGCGACCAUCCUAGCCCUCCCUCUUUCGAAGAAUGACUGUCUUGUGCUGUUGGGGACGCUGACGACGGUGCUUGUUAUUUCUCCCACCUACCACCCGCUGCCUCAAUACCACAUGUUCAAGCACCCGACGUUAGACGACCACUACAUGGGGAUGUUAUGCUACUGCAACGGGGCCCUUCCCAGAGAUAAGAUCCGCGACGAUAUCAAUGGUGAUGAUCUGGGUCUGUGGGACAAGUUUGAUGCUGCUUUGGACGAACUGGGUAAGUGGAACAAGAAGAUGGGCGUCUACUUCACCAAGGGCGAGAUCAUCCCUAACGCCCCUCCUCAAACUAAACGGGCUCAGCUUGAAGGCAAGGAAAUCAAGUAUGUGGACGAGUGGCCCGCUACCGACGAUGCUGUAGCCAUCGUUACCUCACAAACUUGUUCCGCGAGACUUCGAGCGGGCCCUAUGCUCGAUCAUGAACAACCCAGCGACGAAGUUCGUAAAGUUUACGAUGAAGUGGUCGACACGUUUGGUGAGUUAGAGACUGAUGGCCAAAAGCACAACGAAGAGACGGCGACGGCCCGUCCCCAUAAGUGCUUCUACGUCGGUGGGGCUCUGAACAACCUGUCUAUCAUCAAGAAGAUGGGGCUGAUUUUCUACCCCACUGACGGCAAUUACAAGGUAGAAAUUGCCAACGCCUGUGCCCUCGGCGGCGCCUACAAAGCAAGCUGGAGUUAUCAGUGUGAGGAGGGUAAAAAAGUCGACUAUACCAAGUAUAUCGACCAGUUACUGGGCGAGUACGAAGAGUUUGAUGUCGACGACCAUUGGCUUGACCAUUUACCGGCAUUGGGGAUGUUGUCGAAAAUGGAAGCUGAGUUGGAUCAUUAG